AGCGACUGCUGCUGCGCUGUACUCUAUGCUGCUUCGCUGUUCAGCGGCUCGCAUCCAGACAAAUGUGGGCUGUUUUACGGUUGUCAACAAUUUUAAUGAACGUCUAUGUGUUGGCUUUCGUUUAAGAAGUCAUUUACAGUUAAAACGAAUAGUUUUUAUUGGUGUUCGGCGUGUUUUCGAGUGUUUUUCGGGUUUGUUAGCUGAUUAGCACUUUAAAGAUGGCUGAUCCAUGGAAUCGAGGACAUGGUGCUGUGGAUGACAUGCUGGAUGCUGAAAACAGGCUGAUGGCAGAAAAUCUGGCCGGUAAAGUCUCUAGACUCAAAUCUCUGGCGUAUGACAUUGACAAAGAGGCCGAGGAACAGAACACCUACUUGGAUGGCAUGGACUCCAAUUUUCUCAGUGCAACUGGGCUGUUGACUGGAAGCGUGAAGAGGUUUUCCACAAUGGUACGAUCCGGCCGAGACAACCGAAAGAUCUUGUGUUACAUGUCCGUCGGUUUGGUUGUGGUCUUCUUCCUGCUGUACUAUCUAGUGUCACGGCUCCAGAACUAAUGGGAUGUUUGCUGAUAUUUCCGAACAGUUUCUCAGUUCUAUGAGAAUAUUUGGGAUGCUCUGUUUGGUCCUCUCAUGAGGAGAUUAUAGUGAAGUGUACAGCGGAUGUCUUUCCAUUAAUAGAAAAGAGGAAUGACUGUGGUUUGAGGAUGAUUUAUCGCAUUUAACUUUAUUUAAGCAAAUCCUUUGUUUACACUUUCAAAAGUGGUCUAUUCAGUGUAUAUUUUUAUUCAUAAUGGAAAGAAACAUGCCAUGGACCAAUAUUUACAGUUUUAUUUCAAAUUAAUUAAAAACGUAUUUUUGCAAUUUCCAUGCUUUAUAUUUUUAUCAUUGUAGAUUACGUAAGAAAAUGAAACUAACAAUUUUUUGAUAAUUAUGUACAUUAAAAUAAUUUAAAUGCAAAUACUUCUGUUGUGAUUUUGCUUUUCUGUCCAGCCUGGAUAAACAGUGUGCUUGCAUGAUGUUCAUUUAAAACUAUUUGUGAUGCAUCUGAUCCUCAAAAUCAGCCAUAACAUAACAUUUAUUUUUGUAAAUGAAAUAAUUUACUAUAAUCUCCUGCCAUGUUUCCUGUCAUCUGAUUGAUAUUUCAUACUUUUCUAGAGAGUAAAAGUAGUAUAAUUUUAGUAUGAUCCUUAAAUUUUCAGGUCAUGGUUCAUGUGUUUUUAAAAAAAUGUGAAAUCUUUAAUUAUUUUUUAAAUAAAUGUAAGAAUAAUAUUU